GUGGUGUGAUGCAUACAUUUUCAUCAUCAAGCUAAUAACGAUCAUAAGCUAGAUAUAUAGAGAUGGCGUCGGGAUCAGCAGCAGCAGCUCCGGCGCCGGCCGUCGUCGCCGUGACCGUGGCGGCUGCGCUGCUCCUUGCCCUGUGUGGCUCGACGGAGGCCCACACGCAGUUGGGCGCGUACAACAAGACGUGCCCACAGGCGGAGGACAUCGUGUUCAAGGAGAUGACCGCCGCCGUCGCCAAGUCGCCCGGCCUCGCCGGCUCCCUGCUCAGGCUCUUCUCCGUCGACUGCUUCGUCGGAGGUUGCGAGGGGUCGAUUCUUCUGGACUCGACGGCCAGCAACACGGCGGAGAAGGACUCGCCGCUCAACAAGGGCCUCCGCGGCUACGACGUCGUCGACGCCAUCAAGGCGAAGCUCGAGGCGGCCUGCCCCGGCGUCGUCUCCUGCGCCGACGUCCUCGCCCUCGCCGCGCGGGACUCCGUGCGAAUCACCAAAGGCCCCUACAUUCCGAUCCCGACGGGGCGGGAGGACGGCAACAGGUCGUCGGCCGCCGACGUCGCCCCCAACACUCCCAAGCCGGACGCCAGCGUCGCCGACCUCAUCGCCUUCUUCGGGAAGUUCAACCUCACCGCCAAGGACCUCGCCGUGCUCUCCGGUGCGCACACCAUCGGCAGGGCUCACUGCUCCGCCUUCUCCUCCCGCAUCUACAACUUCACCGCCAGCAACAACGUCUCCGACCCCACGCUCGACGCCAACUACACGGCAUCUCUCCGCGGCCGGUGCGCCGCCGGUGACCUCACCACCCUGGUCGACCUCGACCCCAGCAGCGGCACGACGUUCGACCUCGGGUACUACAGGGGCGUCGCGGCGAGCAGGGGCCUCCUCUCCACCGACGGCGCGCUGCUCCUCAACGAGGACACCAGCGCCUACGUGAUGCGCCAGGGCAACGCCACCGCGACCGCCGAGUUCUUCGCCGACUUCGCCGCGUCCUUCGUCAACAUGAGCAAGAUCGGCGCGCUGACGCACCACAAGGGCCAGAUAAGGAGGCACUGCUCCGCCGUCAACCCUCCGUCCGCCUCCUCCCUGGCGCCCGUCACCAUGGGCGCGCACGCCGCCGUGCUACUCGCGAGCUCUCUCGUCUCCAUCGUCGCUCUGGCGCUUGUGCUCUAGCCAGUAUGGAACUUGCAUUGUGUGAAGUGUGUUUGGUUUGGGUUUGUUUUUAUGUGCUGAUUCCUUCCUAUAAUUUGUCUCGAUUGCUUUGCUGUGGUAAGUAUGGAUGCAUCAUGUCAAGAAUAUUGCCAUUGGCUGAUUUCUGAAUGUAAGUAUAUAUUGCAGUUUGCGAGAUCUCUGAUGGUGACCGUCGUUAUGGCACUUGUACCCGUUGUAAGUUUGAUGAGUGUUGGAAUUCAAGUUCGAGUAUGAAUAAAGUCUAACCAGUUUUCAA